CUUCCAUUAGGCUCUGCAUUGAACGUCUGUCCAAAAAAAAGGCUCUGGCAUUGAAUUCGGACCACUCUUCGUUUUUGUUAUUUUGUACAUAGCUCCCGGUAUUUUUCCUUUCUCCUCCAUCUUCCGGGAAGUCUUACUUGAUCAUCAAUUCAUCAUACGCAUAUUCCAUUUGGAAAUCAAUUCUGUAUCGGCCAAUCGACAAUUUCACGAAAUCUUUGUGUUCGCGGACAACGGCUAAGGGAGAGUUGGGGAGAUUGAAAAUGGCGACGCUGACGAGGCAAUUCCAACCGUCCGCCACCGGCACGAGAACCUUAACUAUCACCGUAGACGAUGCAUCUUCGCAGCCUGGAGAUUCUUCACCCGCGUCCUCUCUCCACCGGCCUCCCAGCGAAACCCUAGUUCUCAAAUUGAAGCGGAGGAAGAAGAAGGUGUCGUGGAAGGAAGGCACAGUGGAUAACGAGUUCCUAAACAGGAAAAGUUCUAAGAAGUGCUGCAUUUUUCACAAGGAGAAGCCCUUUGACGAAGACUACAGCGAUGAUGAAGAAGAAAACAAAGGCUGUUGUAAUGAUCAUCACCACAAUCAGGAUCAUGUGAAGAUUGCGGUACCUCAGUAGAUGCAGAGAUCAUUGAUUGUUGAACUUGUAACCGUAACAAAUUUUAUGGUAUAGCUGAAAAAUUCAUGACUUCACGAGUUAUUAAAUUCUUGUGUUUUUCUCUCCUUGAUCAGGUUCGUGGAUUGAGGAUGUGUAAUGUGAUUAUGUAGAAAAUUGGAGUAUGGUUGGAUGAAAAACAGAUGAUGGUGUUAUCCAUUGAUGUUAUGGAGAAUAAUUGAAUUGUUUGUUCUUUUUAUUUAUGUAUUCCUAAUUUACUGUAAUCUCUCUGUUUGAGCACUGAAAUGAUCUGAAUAGCGCUAGAAGCAGAUAGUAUGGUUUUAAUAGAGUACUGAAAAUAUGAUUCUAUAUUUCUAGCACCUGAGAUAAUGAGUAGUUAUACUGUUAAUGGUACAUACUGAGGACCAGUUUCAUGUGGACUAGAAAUUCAUUUGGACAGAAACAUAUCUCUUUGGUUUGGUCUGAAUUAG